AUGGCGGUGAUAGCAAUGCCAACUUUUGACUCCACCGAGAGUUCCUUGAGCGCCUUAACUGAUGACUGCAAUUUCAGCUAUGAACCCUUGCUGCAGCAGCAGCAGCAGCAGCAGCAGACAUACAAGCAGGAUUGGGUGCAGCAGCAGCAGCAGUGCAGCAGCUGCUGCAGCAAAAGGGCUGCUGAGAGUCAGCUGCUGCGGUUCGCCAGGGACAAGGAACGGCGGCUGCUAAGAGUUGCUGCUGCGCUGCUGCUGCUGAAUGCUGCUAUUGCUGCUCUCCUCCUAGCUCUGCCUUCUAGCCUGUUGGUGAUAAGCGGCAGCUCGACGUUUGCUUCUGAGUAUCACCAGAUUUCUUUCUUUUCGAUUUUUAAGGAAAGAAAUGAAUACUUUGCUGCAGACGAGCAGCCAGAAGGUGCAGCAGCAGCAGCAGCAGAAGCAGGGACAGCAGCAGCAGCAGCAGCAGCAGGCUCAUCCCCGCAGAGUGGCCUGCAGCAGGAGCAGGAGCAGCAGCAGCAGCAGCAGGGGAGAUACCUGGGGCCCAAGCCCCAGAAAAACAACGGCGGAAGCGGCGGCAGCAGCAGCAGCAGCGGGAGCAGCAGCAGUAGCAGCAACAGCAGCAGCAGCAGCAGCAGCAAAGCUGUGCCUAAGGAGCCUGCUGCUGCCUCCCCAGAAAAGUCUCCCCACAGAUCUCAAGUGCUGCUGCUGGAAACUGGAGACAGAAGAGACACCACAAAAACAGAUUUGCUGCUGCCCUUGGCGCUGCAGCAGUGCGCGCACUCCUGCAAACCAGCAGCAGCAGCAGCAGCAGACUUUCCGGAAAGCUCAUCAGCAGCUUUUGUGCGACGAGCAGCAGCUGUGCUUUGGAAGAAGCUGCAGCACCAGGUGCGGCUGCUGCUGCUGUGCUGCAGCAGCAGCAGACAGCAGCAGCAGCAGCAGCAGCAACAGCAGCAGCCAAUCGACGUGUACGUGCCACUUCCUCUUGGCGGCGAAACUCCGCUGCUCAAAAGCCUGUCUGUACAGUGCAGCGCUGAAGGCAGCAGCAGCAGCAGCAGCAGCAGCAGCAAGAACCGCAGAAAUAGUAACAGCGUCGCUGCUGGAGGGCGUAACAGCCCCGGCCUUGCUGCUGCUGAUGGUGCUGCGGCUGCUGCGCCGAAGCAGCAGCAGCAAGAUGCGUCACUUUGCAGCCAACGCACGCAGCAGCAGCAGCAGCAGCAGCAGCAGCAGCAGCAAGGAUCUUCUUUAGAGUCUCCUGUCUUAGAGAGAACUGCGCGACACUGCGUGGGCAGCAGCAGCAGCAGCAGCGAGAACAAAGCAGCAGCAAAAGCGGCAGCAAGAGCAGCAGCAAGAGCAGCGGCGAAAGCAGCAGCAAAGGCAGCAGCAAAAGCAGCAGCAAACGCCUUGGUGUGGAGCAGCGCAGUCAUUCCUUUGCUGCUCGUUGUUGCAGCCCUUCUGGCAAUCCAGGCGCGCUCAGUUCUAAACCCUAAACCCUAA